AUGCUCAGCAGACUACUGGCCAUGUUCAGGUUCUUAGCAGGCUUCUGGCUACGCUCAGCAGGCUCAGAGCCAUGCCCAGCAAGCCAGGAGCCUGCAAAAGACUCGAACAACCGUGGCUUAGGUCGAAAGACCUUUGCCACGUGUAACCACUGUCAGUGGUCCCCAAACCGGGCCACUUUGGACCCCGCUGAAUGGGUGCGUGAAAACGCACCCUGGAAUCAAAAUGACGUCGGGGCCUUCUGCCCCUGCUACUGGGGCGACGAGGGUCGCCAUGAUCAUCCGAUGUGCAUCGAAAGGAAGCGUGCCCGGGGAGGCACUGCGGCCGGCGCUCACCGCCGCGACGCCGUUGUCCCCCCGCCGCCGCCGGCCUUGCUCCCGACGCCGAUGCUGACGACGAUGAUCUUGGCCUCUUUGUGA